CGUUUGUUCAUAUCUGAUAUUGUAAUCGCUCACGAGGAAUUAGAUCACAAUUCACGGAAACAAGUAACUAAAUCGGAUCGCAACGGCAAGAACGGCUGGCUGUUGAUCAUGUCCGGGAUUCGGAGAGCAAGCCAUGCUGGCAGUUGGUACACGCAAAGCUCAUCCAAGCUCAACACUCAACUGGAUGAAUGGCUCUCCGAGGUACCCGACAAAAUCAACGAGAGCGACGUGCCUAUCAAAGGAGCAAGGGUGAUUAUUGCACCUCAUGCCGGCUACAGCUACUCCGGACCCUGCGCCGCCUGGGCCUACAAAGUCUUUGACGUCAGCGCCGCAAAGCGGAUCUUUGUCCUUGGGCCGUCACAUACGUAUUAUCUUUCCGGCUGCGCCUUGACCACCUACGCUACCUACGAAACGCCACUCGGCAACCUCCGGGUGGACCUCGACACGGUCAAGCAGCUCCGUGACACGGGCAAGUUCAAGGACAUACCUCGCGACAAUGAUGAGGAUGAGCACAGCCUGGAGAUGCACCUGCCGUACCUCGCCAAACGGUUGACACAGACGUUCGGUGGCGGAAGUGACGGCGACGGCGAUGCCUCGUGGCCGCCCGUCGUGCCGAUCCUGAUAGGCGACAACAAGCGAGACGCGGAAAAGGCAUUUGGGGAGCUGCUGGUGCCGUACCUACGCGACCCGAACAACGCCUUCAUCGUCAGCUCCGACUUUUGUCACUGGGGUGGCCGUUUCGGCUACACCAAGUACACUAGCGACGGAACAGUCGGGGGAGUGAGGAGUCUCGGCAGGGCGGACCGGAACUUGCCGGUCCCGAUACACGAGGGCAUACGGGUGUUGGACCACCUCGCCAUGGACGCCAUCGAGACGGGGAGCCACGACGCCUUUUACGAUAACCUCAAGGCGACGGGGAACACGGUCUGCGGACGCCACCCUAUCGGGGUCGUCAUGGCUGCGCUGGAGAUGCUGAAGAAGGAGAGGACUGGUGGUGAUGCUGCCGCGUCGGGUUCCAAGAAGGGAGAUGGCGUCUUCACCUUUGUCAAGUAUGACAGGAGCAGCCUUGUUGAGGAUGUCAGCGAUUCCAGCGUCAGCUACGCUGCGGCCUAUGCAGUGAUUUGAAGCGACGACUUGGAUGCUGAUGUCGAGUAGUUUUUUGAAGCUGGUUCUGAUCGCUCCUUGAAUUUUUUUUAUAUUUUUUAUAGGAAAUCAAUAAAAAAAAAUCAGAUUUACCUUAUACAUUUGUUGCCUCAUCUUCAACAAUCACGUCGCGGGUCUCGGAGACAUGACGUUGGGGAAAUAACGGGAUAAGCCGCUGUUGUGCUACUAGUAAGUCUAGUAGAACGGUGAGUAGAUCAGGGAUGAUAUUUGCCAGGAGUAUGUUUGAGUAGAUGGAGAUCAAUUCUGGAGCACGACAGCCCCUCAGCUAUAGAUCAUAAAUAGUUCGCGGAGAUUAACUCAAACCGCCUGAAGCUGCUUGACCCGAUCCCAGCCGAUUUUGUCG